CCCACCCCCACAGAGUUUGAACACGUGCGAUAGAAUUCACUAUGGCGGACGACGAAGAUGACACCAAAGAGUUAAGAGAGAGACUAUUGAGUCAUUCUACCUGUUUUAAUUCGUUGCUCGGGCUUAUACCGGCAAAGUAUUAUUUUCCUGAUAAUGAAGAAGAGAAAAGCAAUAAGUUUUAUAAGAAUAAAGGUCACAAAGCGCCAAAACAGGCUGUGAAAGAGGCAACUAAGAAAGCCAAGUUGAACAGGCUUCAUCCUAAACAACACAAAACAGUCCCUGAAAUUCAAGAAGAGAACAGUCGUCCGAAAGAAAAUGGACACAUAUUUAGUGUAGAAGAUGUAUCUUGCUCAAAUUUGGGAGAUCUUCACUCAAAACUUCAAGCUCGCAUCGAGUUAUUGCGCAAGAAGCGAAAAGCUCCUACAGCUUUACCAGAUCACAGACCAAUCACGAAACGAAGGAAGAAAGAUACUAAAGGAAAGAAAAGGACUAAAGCCAUAAAUUCAGCACAAAUAAACUCGAAACCAGCCUUGAAUCACAAGAAAAACAUUGUAAACGAGCAAGGGACGGUGGUCUUUAGUAAAUUUGAUUUCACAUCUGAUGUUCGAAAAAUGAAAGACAAAGAUACUGGGAAAAAGAAAGAUUACAAAAAGUUGCUGGAGAAAGCGGAAAGCCGUAAAAAGAAACUUGAAGAGAUAAAACACAAAGGAGAUGAGACUUCAAAAGAAGUUUUGGAAACUGUGAAAUGGAAGAAAGCACUCGGGAAGUCAGAAGGAGUGAAGCAGAAGGAUGAUCCGGCAUUGCUGAAGAAAGCAAUGAAACGUAAAGAGAAAGCGAAAAGAAAACAUCAAAAAGAAUGGAACGAGAGGGCUGAGAACCAAAGAAAACAAAUGAAAGAGAGACAAGAGAGAAGACAAAAGAAUAUUCAAGAUCGUAUAGAUAUGAAGAAAAAGAAAAAAAGCGGACGUAUACCAGGAUUUUGAAGCAACAAUUAUAUUAAGAAUUACUAUCAUUGAAUGUUUGAUGGUUAUUUUACAGUAAAAUACAUGUGUUAAUGAUAUAAUAGUC